UAGACGUUUUCUACUACAGGCUGGUCCUCGUAUUGCGCUUCCGGUACAGUGCCUGUGGAGGGCGUCGCCGAGAAGUCCGUGCAGGUCUGCCUUCCAUCAGCACAAGAGCUCCUUCUUGUCGCUUUCGGUUUUGAAAGGAUGAUCAGCGUCUGGCUAGGCUGACGUUUGAUAAAAAGAGCAACUCUGCGUCCAUGUUUGUCACGCCUUCCCAGACCUGCUUUGCUUUGGAAGCAACUCGAGGAGAUCAGCGCAUGCAUGCCACCUACUGUAUCGGGAACGCAACUGAAGGAUACAUAGCGCAAUGAUGUCGUUCAGCGAUAUAUCUUCCAAAGGAGAAUGAUCCUGGGUCUGUACUUGCCAUCGAAAAACAGUCACGCAACUGUACCGUACUUAGAGUGCCGCCAGAAGAUUCACCCAGCUACUUAUUUUGACUUGGCGUACCGGUGGGUGCAAGACAAACCACCGAAGCUGCACCUGCCAAGGAUGGGGUGGCAACGAAUGGACAUUCCAGGGCAGGUCAAGGCGGCAUAACCCUUCUGUUGAGUGAAUGCACCCAACAAGCACAGACCCAAAGCAAAAUCUCUCCGCACAUCCAUUGGCUUGCGGCACAAGAUCUUUUCUACCGGAAGCGUUUCGUUUGCAAAGUUUCUUCCUUACGGAUUGGGGAUCAAGUGACGAAUUAUGGUUCCAAUUCAAAGGAUUCAGGCAGAUGUAGCUCAACCAAGUCUUCGAGGCCAGUUGGCUGCAUCGCUUCUUCUUCUCGCCGUUGCUCUUGUUCUGCCAACGGCGUGUCAUGCUCAAACGAUUCUUCGCAAUGGCAAAAUCUACACGCUCGACAAGACCAACCUCAUAGUCGAGGCAGUGGCAUUUAACGCUGCAGGCGUGAUUGAGACAGUGGGCACGGUGGCAGAGGUCACGGCGGCGCAUCCUGGAUACAUGCAAAAGGAUCUACAAGGACAAUUGCUCAUCCCUGGCUUUAUUGAUUCUCAUUUGCAUGCCGUCGAGGCUGGCAUCAACAACAACAUUUGUGCCGUUCCUGCGAGUGCACGCGUCGAACAAAUCCCCGUCGCUUUCCAAAACCAAAACACCUGUUUUAACAAUGGCCUGUUCGGAGGAUCAGGUUGGGCCAUGGGGGCAGGGAUUGAUAUCAGCAACUUGAUUCGCGAAAUUGAUGGUGGCUCGAGAACACCGCUGCAGGUCUUGGACGAGUACUUUCAGGCCACUCCUGUGGUUAUCCUGGAUUCAUUUGGCCAUGGCGCACUGUUCAAUACUGCGGCUGCUCAAAGGGUGGGAUACACCGCUACCAGCAACCCCCAAGGAGGACAGAUCCUCGUUCGCAACGGUGUCAUGAUUGGGAUCGCGACGGAAAACGCGCAACAGGCCUUGCGUUCCGCUGCCUUUCCCCCGUCCUCAACUGAAAAUCAGGAGAUUGCCUACCAGAGUCUCCUGUCUGCGCUUCAGGAGUUGAAUCGGAAUGGGAUCACGACCGUGUCGGAUGCUGGUGGGUUCUGGCGACAAGCUCAAACGGAAGCCUGGGCUCGAGCUCAAACCGCCAAUCGUCUUACCGUCAGGGCCAGCAAUGCACUGUACAUCUAUCCAGAUAUUCCCAUCGAUAGACAACUGUCCGAUCUGAGGAUGCGUUUCAGCAAUGGUGGUGAUACUGCCCGGUUGCGAUUCAACGCCGCUAAAAUCUACGUGGAUGGUAUCUUGUCAUUGGCGACGGGCCUCUUGUCUGUGCCUUAUAGCAACGAUCCUUUCUCACGCUAUCGGGGAACAAGUAGUGGAACGUGGCAGGGCAUGGAGUACUUUGGCAAUGCGACCUAUCUCAACACCGUAUGUUCCACCCUGGUGUCGAACGGGUUCCAGCUGCAUCUGCAUGUUACAGGCGAUACUGGAGCCAAUCGCGCUUUGAACUGCAUUGCCGCUGCGCCCAACAAUAAUGGGCCGCAUCGACUGACGCAUCUCUUCCUUGUUGGAUCCAGUGAUCGGUCUCGGUUUGCAUCGUUGAUGGCAAACCCUGAUUUCCAACUGACUGCCAGUUCUCUAAACGCUGGCAAUAUUGAUUUAAUGCGCUUCACAAUCGGAUCGACACUUACCAAUGAAUUCUUGCCCGCCAACGAAGUGUUUCAAGCUGGUGCUGGGCUGAUGACUUUGAGCAGCGACUGGGAUGCAGAUACACUCAGUCCGCUUCUCAAGCUCCAGCAAGUACUGAAUCGGGCCGAUGGUCGCAGCCUUCCUAGUUUGGAAGUUGCGUUGCAAAUGUACACCAUCAACGCUGCCAAUGUACUUCAAAUGGGAAAUCGCGUUGGCACCAUUGCGACGGGGAAGUAUGCCGACUUUGCAUUGAUCGACACUGAUAUCUUUUCAGUUCCGACCAACCAGAUCGGAAACGCCGCAGUCGUCGCCACGUACCUUGAAGGAGGGCUCGUCUUUGGGUCGGUUCCCGACUAUUCCGAAGGUGGCAACAACAAUCCAGGUUGUAUGGAACGUUUCUACAACGUUGCCAGAAACUCGGUACUGGCUAGUGUUUCCUACGUGCAGAGUUGGUUUGGUUCUACGGAAGGAGGCCCACCCGAAGAUUUCAAGGUUAAACAUCUGCCUUCAAACUAAUAACGUAUCGAGGUGCUGUGUUGUGUAUGAAAAGACGAAAGAGAUGAUGAAAAGAGUCCCAAGCAGAUGCUUUGCUUUGUCGACAAAACAAAGCUAGUGACUGGUUAGUCAUA